UAUGUGUUACAUGUUUGUUUAUAUUUUGAUACUAAAAAUAGAUGUGAAGGUAAAUGCUAAAAAUAGACAUGAACCAAAGGUCAUGAUAGUGGAAUGUUAACCUGAUAAGACCAGUAACUAAGUAUAUGCAUGUGAUGUAUCAAUAAUCGAACAGAUCGAAAAUGGAAAGUCCAGACACGAAUGCUUCCAGUCCGGACUUUAGCGAACUUCCGGAUGUCACAUGGGUCCGUAUCUUUCGUUUCCUUCCACUAAGGGACCGGGCUAAAGUAGCAAGAACUUGUCGUCUGCUGAACGAGGUAUUCAAUCAUCCGUCUUUAUGGUACUCACAGAAACUGAGUUUCAUGGGGGAAAUGCAUAACUUUUCCCGGAAGAAGCAAAACGUCUUUUGCACACCGUUUUAUGUCGAGUUAACGAAACGGUUCGGAAAAUAUUUCCAGGAUCUUACCAUCAAAAUUGAUGGGCAUUUUCGAAGUAUACCUACUGAUCUGCAAGAAAUUUUAGAACAGGUAGCCAACCGUUGCCGUCUAGAGACUCUUACCAUUGAAGCUGGAACGAUAACAUCAGCGUUUCAUGAGCGGUACGGCUUCCCGCCAAAUUAUUCAGCGGUCAAGGCUCUUUCAAGAUUUGUUCAAAAGGCUUUCAGGAUGAAACACCUGCAUAUUAGAUCUUGGCCGAUGUACAACAAAAUGGACACCGAAGACUGCAAUAUAUUCAAAGUUCUCGCUCUUAACGAGAAGCUGCGAGAAACUCUUGAAACGUUGACGAUAUUUUGGCUGGAGGAACAGGACUGGUCGGAACGGAAACCUAUUCUUUUCAGCGGCAGCCCUACGGAUAUUAUACAGGUAUUAGAUAGCUUUAAAUACCUCACGACGAUUGGUCUUCGAACACCUAUGAUAACCAAUGAGCUUCUACAGAUGUUGGCGUCCAAAGAAAGGUCAAAACUUCAGCUACUCAAAAUAGUUGUGCAUUAUUUAGAUCCAGAGAGGCAACCAUUGUUUGCAGUUCCGAGUAUCCAGCCAAGCACAUGGCAAUCACUGAUCAAAAGAAAUCCUGAUUUUAGAGUGGAGUGCACUAUUUUUCUAAACACUCCAAAUCUAGAACUUUCAAACAUGCUUACACCGGAAGUUCCUUUAUCCGUUCUUUCAUACAUGAAGUAUUCAAAAAUUGAUCCGCUCACGUUAACAAAACUGUACACGCAAUAUAAAGACACUUUAACAAAGUUCCAUAGUUACUGUGAUUCAUACAACAUCGACAACGAUCUUUUAGUAAUGGCUCAGCAAUGCACUAAUCUUACAGAGAUCAUUUACCACGGAGAACUCCGCAGUGGCACUGUUGUUGCUAUAGCAACAUCAAGAGGUAACGCUUUGAAACGAUUCGAUGUGAAAGAAGACAAAAUUAAGGUACCAACAGCAUACGAUGACGUUGAUGAAGAUGACGUUUUAGCCAGGGGACCUGACGGUCAGCUUGUACUUGUUGGUCUGAUGAAAUUUCACGCGCCGGAAGAUCAAAGACAGGAAGUGCUGCAGACGAUGGCUUCUGAGGUGUCUAAUACAUUGGGCACUUCCUGGAAGCCAUUAAAGUAAGAGAAGUAGUAUUAUCAGCGUCUGUAAGCAUCGAUACAUGUAACUCUUGUCAGCCAUGUAUUGCAAGCUUGGUCAAAUAUACGGAGAUCGCGAACCUCAGCAAGCCCAUGUGAUGUUUACAAUUGUGAUAUUUACUGUGACAGAGGAUUGUUACUCAACAUCGCAAUAUUACUAAAAGUAUUUUGAAAUGCUUUAAUGAGAAGUUUCCAUUAUGCGUGCUGACAUUGUUUGCGAUAGUUUUUUCAAGCAUGCUGAUUAUAAAUUUAUGUACUAGUGUACUCAUUGUUUACCGUUCAAGACAUACCACCUUUGUUUAACAAAAGCGACUAAUGGGAUAACGCCAGUUUACUUCUGUGAUUAGACUGUUAACGUCAUUGAAGAGCGUCGCACGAUGUUGAUGUGAUGCAAAGUGCAGUAACUUCAAAUAACGUCAAAGACGCAGUUUAUUACAUUAUACAAAAUGUAAUAAGCAAUCUAAUGUUGGAAUGAAAUCUGUACUACACGUGUAUUGAUAUCUGUCUUUUGUUAUGUCUCCCACCACACAGUGGUGUGGGAGACGUAUUGAUUUACUCCAGUCUGUGUGUGUGUCUGUCACAAAGCUUGUCCGCACUCUAAGUCGAAUAUUUCUCAUCCGAUUUUCACCAAACUUAAACAAAAUGUGUUUGGUUGUAUGACCUCGUCCAAGUUCGAUAACUAGCCAAAUCGGUCCAGGCAUAUUGGAGCUAUGGCCCUUGAUUUAAAUGAUUAAAAUCGAUCGGCCUUUUUACUAUUGUCCGCACUCUAAGUCGAACAUUUCUCAUCCGAUCUUCACAAAACUUGAACAAAAUGUGUUUGACCAUUAGACAUCGGCCAAGUUCGAUAACUAGCCAAAUCGGUCUAAGCAUUUUGGAGUUGCGGCCCUUCGCUCUCUAAGUCGAACAUUUCUCAUCCGAUCUUCACCAGACUUGAACAAAAUGUGUUUGACCAUAAGACCUCAGCCAAGUUCGGUAACUAGCCAAAUCCGCUCAGGCACUUUUGAAUUAUGGCCCUUGAAUUACUGAUUGGAUCCACUCGUCCAUACCAUCUAAUUGGAUCCACUAGAGAAACUAGACAUUUUUCAUAGGGGCAGUUGUGGGAGACAUGCGCAUUUCUCAAAAGCAUCUCUAGUUUUACAUUUGUUAUAUCUUUUAUUUGAGGCUAUUUUAUUUUGCGCUUUAAUUUGUGCACAUUCAUCAAAAUAUUUUCGUAUAUUGUGCACAAUUAAGACAUUUUCCACAUUUUUUUUUGUUUCACUAGUUUAAGGGUCAGACGAGACCUGAAAUGAGAACGCAAAAUAAACUACAGUGAAACACCGCUCGCUCGAGCAUCGAUGACUCGAGCACCAGGGCUCGCUCGAGCAAUUCAUGUGGUCCCGGCCGAUUUCCUUCUAUUUUCUAUGUGGAAUUACCAUGGCUGGGUCGAGCAUCGAUAACUCGAUCGCUCGAGCAUGACACCUGGUCCCUCUGUAUUAAUUUACUCUUUGUUGCUUACGGCAAACUCGAGCAGAGAUGUCAAAGUUUUCAACACCUUCGGCGGUCAGAAUGUAUCGGUUAAUCUAAAAUUUUCGCACGUCGUGAGAAUUGCAUGGUCUAUUCCCCGGCUAUCUUAAAUUUUUGUUUGUCGGUAUAUUUGAUCUAAUAAUGAGAUUAAUUGCUGAUGAAAGGUGGAAGAAAAAUUUUAUUGAUCAAAAUUGUUAUUAGUUAUUACUUUUGUCUGCGGGAUCGAGAAGAUAAUUAUGAGAUCUUAAUAUUUUAAUCAACAGUUAAUUACAUGCAAAUAAAGGAAAUAAGAUAGCCUUUUCAUAAAAUUGAGACGAUAAUUAUGAGAUCUUCAUUUGGAGAAGAAAAUUGCGGAUUCGAUUAUAGUAUUUCAAAAAAAAAAUGAAAUAAAAUUUCUUAGCUGUUUCUUCACAUGUGCCAUAAAUAACGUUUGUAAUACGUUUAAUGAAAAUGUCACGAGUGUUUUAUCAUUACGCCUCACCGUUUCCUCUGCAAAUGGUCUUGAUGACAAUUGGUAAAACAAACUUCAAUUUUCUUCGUAUGUUGGUCAAUGUUCGGGUCGCUCGAACCCAUGGAUAACUCGAGCAUUUUGCUCAUCCCCUUGCGAGCUCGAGCGAGCGGUGUUUCACUGUAAUAAAUAUAUUGAUAAAUUCAUCACUCUAGCCCUUAUAUGUGAACCAUCAAAAGAACUAACGGCAUUAUUUUGUCCAUCAAGUUGUUCGAAUGAAGUAACAGGGUUUGUGAAAAGAACAGAAACAUUAAAAAAAGGUGUCUGUGUAUAGAAAAAUCGCAUCACUAAAAGAACAUUCAAUAUCACACAUUUAUUUGGGUUUUUUUUAUACAUUGUACUUUUGUUUAGAUGUUUAGAAAAUAUAAUAAGCUCAAAACUUGAAAAAUCAGAUAUGAUACAAUAUUAUUCGAUGAAUUAUUUAUAAGCAAUAUAUAAUCAGUAACAUAAUUU